CAGUUGGCCUAUAAAAUACAAAGAACAGAGUUGGGGUUGGAAGAGUGAUAGAGUGGGAGUGUUAAUGAGUGUGUAGCAUUCUAUUGUCAACUUUCUCGAAUAUUUGGAUUUGGUUGGUUUUUAUUUAUUCUGAGCAAAUCUCAGAACGAUGUGGAUUUUUGGGCUCAAAGGGCCAUCUGGGUUCUCUGCCUGUUCUACUGCUGAGGAAGUUACUCAUGGAAUCGAUGGAGCUGGUCUCACCGCCAUUGUUACAGGAGCAUCAAGUGGUCUCGGUGUGGAAACCACACGUGUUCUUGCAUUGCGUGGUGUUCACGUCAUUAUGGCAGUAAGGAAUGUCAAUUCUGGAAAGGAUGUGAGAGAAACAGUACUUAAAGAAAUCCCCACUGCCAAAAUUGAUGUCAUGGAACUAGAUCUCAGCUCAAUGGCAUCAGUAAGGAAAUUUGCGUCAGAGUACAAUGCGUCUGGUCUUCCUCUGAAUCUCCUUAUUAACAAUGCAGGUGUCAUGGCAACUCCAUUCAUGCUUUCCCAAGAUAACAUUGAACUGCAGUUUGCAACCAACCAUAUAGGUCAUUUUCUGUUGACAAACCUUCUAUUGGAGACCAUGAAAAAUACAGCACGUGAAAGUAAUAAGGAGGGAAGAAUUGUUCAUGUAUCAUCAGAGGGUCACCGAUUUGCAUAUCGUGAAGGAAUUCGUUUUGAUAAGAUCAAUGAUGAGUCAAGCUAUAAUAGUAUAUACUCUUAUGGACAAUCAAAGCUUGCCAAUAUAUUGCAUGCUAAAGAGCUCUCAAGGAUCUUGAAGGCAGAAGGGGUGGAUAUAACCGCCAAUGCCCUUCAUCCUGGAGCCAUUGUUACCAAUCUUCUACGCCACCACGGUUUCUUCAAUGUCAUUGCUAAUAUGUUCGGCAAAUUUCUGCUUAAAAAUGUUCAGCAGGGAGCGGCUACUCAGUGCUAUGUAGCGUUGAAUCCACAAGUUAAGGGAGUUAGCGGUGAGUACUUUAUGGACAGUAACAAAGCCAAUCCAUCCAAUCUGGCUAAAGAUGCAGAAUUGGCUAAGAAACUAUGGGAUUUCAGCUUGAACUUGACCAGCCCAAACUAGACGGAAUCGAUUGUUUCAUAAGUUCAACAGUAUCUGGAUUAUAAAACUUGUUGUACACAUACUAGUAUAAAACCGGAGCAGAAUUACUGCUAAACCUGUGUCCAUAGACAUUUUGAAAGUACUUGGACUACUUAGUGUGGAAAAUUGGCAGUAUAACAUGUACUUUUGUUUUAAGCUAUCUUUGUUUAAAUUGCAUAAUGAGAGUGAACUAGUUUUUCUCUA